AUGGCCGACUACGAUGAAACAUACGAGGAGGAGUUCUACGAUGAGGCCGACGAGGGCAUCACCUCCGAGGAUUGUUGGACGGUGAUUUCGUCCUUUUUCGACUCAAAGGGUCUCGUCUCUCAGCAGCUUGACUCUUUCGACGAGUUUAUAUCCUCUACCAUGCAGGAGCUUGUCGAAGAGCAAGAUGAAGUAAAUCCUGUUGUUGUGCGCCGCUAUGAGCUCAAGUUCGGCACUGUCAUGCUUUCGCGUCCAUCGGUGACAGAAGGCGAUGGUGCGACUACCAUCAUGUUGCCGCAGGAAGCCCGACUCCGAAACCUCACCUACGCCUCCCCACUCUAUCUCGGUGUCACAAAGAAAAUUGUGGAAGGUCGCGAGAAGCCCGCCAGGGACGAUGAAGAUGAGGAAGAGGGUGACCAAAAGUCUAAAUCAUACGGAGGCCUUGAUUGGAAGGAAAAGAUGCUACCUCAGGAACAAAGCAAGGAGGAGACCGUUUUCAUUGGAAAGAUGCCCAUCAUGCUGAAAUCCAAAUACUGUAUCCUGAAGGAUCUCAAUGAGUCCUCACUCUAUGCUUGGAACGAGUGUCCUUAUGACUCUGGUGGUUACUUCGUCAUCAACGGUAGCGAGAAGGUUUUGAUCGCACAGGAGCGCAGUGCCGGCAACAUCGUCCAAGUCUUCAAGAAGGCACCCCCAGCCCCACACCUUACAUCGCCGAAAUCCGAACUAUUCGCAAAGGGUGACAGUGCCAAGGGAGGAUUUGGCCCGACCAUUCGAUCGACGCUUCCAUAUGUCAAGGCCGAUAUUCCAAUCGUCGUCGUUUUCCGUGCGCUGGGCGUCGUUUCUGACGAAGAUAUCCUAAAUCACAUUUGUUACGACAGGAACGAUACCCCAAUGCUGGAGAUGCUCAAGCCGUGUAUUGAGGAGGGCUUUGUCAUUCAAGACCGUGAGGUCGCCCUGGACUUCAUUGCCAAGCGUGGCUCUUCACAGUCAAAUCUGAACCACGACCGCCGUGUGCGCUAUGCCCGCGACAUCAUGCAGAAGGAAUUGCUACCUCACAUUUCGCAGAGCGAGGGCAGUGAAACUCGCAAAGCUUUCUUCCUUGGAUACAUGGUCCACCGUCUCCUCCAGUGUGCUCUUGGUCGCCGCGAUGUCGACGAUCGUGACCACUUCGGAAAGAAGCGACUUGAUUUGGCUGGUCCCCUUUUGGCCAGUCUGUUCCGAACUCUUUUCACCAGAGUUACCAAGGAUCUUCAGCGCUACGUGCAGCGCUGCGUUGACGGCGGUCGCGAGAUUUAUCUCAAUGUUGGUCUCAAGGCCGCAACACUCACUGGUGGUUUGAAGUACGCUCUUGCCACUGGUAAUUGGGGUGAGCAGAAGAAGGCAGCUAGCGCCAAGGCUGGUGUGUCCCAGGUGCUGAGUCGUUAUACUUUCGCCUCGUCUUUGUCCCAUCUUCGCCGCACGAACACACCAAUUGGUAGAGAUGGAAAGAUCGCCAAGCCGCGUCAGCUGCACAACACCCAUUGGGGUCUGGUCUGCCCGGCCGAGACCCCCGAAGGACAGGCUUGUGGUUUGGUCAAAAAUUUGGCACUGAUGUGUUACAUCACUGUCGGUACGCCGGCUGAGCCCAUUAUCGAUUUCAUGAUUCAACGAAACAUGGAAGUGUUGGAGGAGUUCGAGCCUCAAGUUACUCCCAACGCCACGAAGGUCUUCGUUAACGGUGUUUGGGUGGGUAUUCAUCGUGAUCCCUCGCACCUUGUCAACACCAUGCAAAACUUGCGUCGUCGAAACAUGAUCUCCCACGAAGUCAGUCUCAUUCGUGACAUCCGUGAGCGUGAGUUCAAGAUUUUCACCGAUACUGGACGUGUCUGCCGACCGCUCUUCGUUAUCGACAACGACCCUAAGAGUGAAAACUCUGGUGGAUUGAUUCUCAACAAAGAGCACAUUCGCAAGCUCGAGCACGACAAGGAUUUGCCCCUGGACAUGACUCCGGAAGAGCGCCGUGAGCAAUACUUUGGUUGGGAUGGUUUGGUACGCUCUGGUGCCGUUGAGUAUGUCGAUGCUGAAGAGGAAGAGACAAUCAUGAUUGUCAUGACCCCAGAAGACUUGGAAAUCUCCAGACAACUCCAAGCUGGUUACGCCUUGCCAGAGGAUGAGACCAACGAUCCCAACAAGCGUGUUCGCUCGAUUCUCAGCCAGCGCGCACAUACCUGGACGCAUUGCGAGAUCCAUCCCAGUAUGAUCUUGGGUGUUUGCGCCAGUAUCAUUCCGUUCCCCGAUCACAACCAGUCUCCCCGUAAUACCUACCAGUCCGCCAUGGGUAAACAAGCCAUGGGUGUCUUCUUGACGAACUACGCGCAACGUAUGGAAACUAUGGCCAACAUUCUUUACUACCCCCAGAAGCCUCUGGCCACCACUCGGUCGAUGGAAUUCUUGCGUUUCCGCGAACUGCCCGCCGGUCAGAACGCUAUUGUCGCUAUUGCUACAUACUCCGGAUACAACCAGGAAGAUUCCGUUAUUAUGAACCAGAGCAGUAUCGAUCGUGGUUUGUUCCGCAGUUUGUUCUACCGUACUUAUACGGACACCGAGAAGAUGGUCGGCCUUCAGGUCGUCGAGCGAUUCGAGAAGCCCAUGCGCGCCGACACUCUCGGCAUGCGCAAGGGUACUUACGACAAGUUGGAUGAGGAUGGUAUCGUUGCUCCUGGUGUCCGUGUUUCAGGAGAAGAUAUUAUCAUUGGAAAGACUGCUCCCUUAGCUGCCGACGCAGAGGAGCUCGGUCAGCGUACCAAGGCACACACGAAGAUCGAUGUGUCGACACCACUGCGGAGUACCGAGAACGGUAUCGUUGACCAGGUGCUUAUCUCCACUGGUAACGACGACCUCAAGUUCGUGAAGGUCCGCAUGCGUACCACCAAGAUUCCCCAAAUUGGUGACAAGUUCGCUUCUCGUCACGGUCAGAAGGGUACCAUUGGUAUCACCUACCGCCAGGAAGAUAUGCCUUUCACCCGAGAAGGUGUGGUUCCUGAUUUGAUUAUCAACCCCCACGCCAUUCCGUCCCGUAUGACCAUUGCCCAUUUGAUCGAGUGUCAAUUGAGUAAGGUUUCCGCCCUGCGUGGCUUCGAGGGUGACGCCACCCCCUUCACCGAUGUUACUGUUGACUCCGUCUCUCGAUUGCUGCGCGAGCACGGCUACCAGUCCCGUGGUUUCGAGGUCAUGUUCAACGGCCACACUGGUCGCAAGAUGGUGGCUCAAGUGUUCCUCGGUCCCACAUACUACCAGCGUCUCCGUCACAUGGUGGAUGACAAGAUUCACGCUCGUGCCCGUGGUCCCACCCAGAUUCUGACCCGCCAGCCCGUCGAGGGUCGUGCCCGUGACGGUGGUCUGCGUUUCGGAGAGAUGGAGCGUGAUUGUAUGAUCGCUCACGGUGCCAGUGCCUUCUUGAAGGAACGUCUCUUCGAUGUUUCUGAUCCCUUCCGUGUCCACAUUUGUGAUGAUUGCGGUCUCAUGACUCCAGUUGCAAAACUGAAGAAGGGUCUCUUCGAAUGCCGUCUCUGCAACAACAAGCAUCGCAUCUCGCAAGUGCACAUCCCCUACGCCGCGAAGCUGCUAUUCCAAGAGCUGGCCUCUAUGAACAUUGCCGCUCGGAUGUUCACCGAUCGCUCUGGGGUGUCUGUGCGUUGA